AUGGCAACAAAUUUACGUUCAACCAUACUUCCUAUCAGUUGGUUUCUCCAUAUAAUUUUAUGUUUCUAUUUAAUUCGAACGAUUCGGAAAGUAUUAUAUCGAAUUAUAUUGACUUUAGUGCCAUGUCUGAUUUUAAUAUUUGUUGGUUGUCGAAACCUCCCAUAUUAUCAAAUGUCGUCAAUUAUUACUGUUUCACUUUAUUGGAUGAUCACAAUUCGUCUUAUUCAGUUGAUCUUAUUUUCACCCGAUGAAAUACAUUCAUUCCGCAUAUAUGCUUCGAAAUUUCUCUGGCUUCUUAUACCAAUUGUACCUUGUCAAUCAAAAAAUUCGAUUAUUUUUCAUGUGAUCUUAGCUGUUGUUAAAAUUUUAUUAAACCAUUGGAUUUUUCAAUGGUUGCGUAUUUGUGAACCAAACAAUAGCUAUGGUAGAUUGAUUAUGUUCUAUAUCAAUAUAUGUACGGGAACUUUUAUUAAUGAUAUACAAAUUGUUGCCGUUCGGUUGAUAACAUUGAACAAAUACAGUCUAUUAGAAUUCAAUGAUUAUCCAAUUCUGUCGAAAUCAUUACGUGAAUUUUGGGGUCGGCGUUAUAAUCGCUUAGUUAGCUCACUACUUAAAGAAGCUAUCUUCAAACCUAUUCAUCACUUGCCAUAUUCCUCAGCAUUGAUUGCAGCUUUAGCAAGUUUUUUUAUAAGUGGUCUACUUCAUGCACAUGUAGCAGUUGCUGGAUUUGGAGCACCAUCUCCAUUACCUGCAUUUCUAUUCUUUCUUUUACAUGGAUGUGCUUGUUGUAUCGAAACCAUAUGUCCAUUUACACCGCCUAAACUGUUUGGAAUUCUAUUAACACAAUGUUUUCUUCUUAUAACAGCACCAUUGUAUGCGGGACUAUUCACGCUUGCUCCAUCAAAUUUUUAUGAAUUUAACAAGCCAUUACUGAUUGAUGCUACAUGGCUUCCCAAAGUACCUGUACCCGACUUCUGCCCAAAUUAUUAG